AUGGGGGGAGGUGAUCAUUCAAGUAAGGAUGAAAUUUUUCAGCAAAAUCAGGAAGGUGUUGAGGAGGGAAGGAAUGGUGUUCAACAGAGAAGUGUAAGGGAGCUUCAAGUUGCUUCAUUUAAUAUGGCCUCUAGGAAAAGUAAAGAGUUACCUAAGGAAAUUGUAAGUGAUGCACUUGUUGAACAACAGAAGGAAGCUGGGGAUUUGGUGAGUGUUGCUUCUGGUCAUGAAGCCGUGGGUCUUCCUAGGCUUGGUGAGGAGGUUAUAGGUGAGGGGGUAAAUUUAAAUAAGGUUGUCUCUAUUCCUAGUCUUGAUGUUGGUUCUACUCAGGUGGAUUUAUCUAUCAAAAUAGUGGAUAAGGGUCAGAAUAUUGUUUUUGAAUCUGUUGCCACUUAG